AGGUGGAGCGGCCCGGAGCCGCGCUGUGCGAGCUGGACUGCAGCCGCCGUGCACCGAACGCCACGAUGGGGCUGGAGACCGAGAAGGCGGACGUCCAGCUCUUCAUGGAUGACGACUCCUACAGCCGCCACAGCUGUGUCAACUACGCCGACCCUGAGAAGUUCGCAGACUCCGGCCCAGAUCGGGAUCCGAACCGGCUCAACUCGAAUCUCAAGGUGGGCUUCGAGGACGUGAUCGCAGAGCCGGAGUCUACGCACUCCUUUGACAAAGUGUGGAUCUGCAGUCAUGCCCUCUUUGAAAUCAGCAAAUACGUGAUUUACAAGUUCCUGACAUUGUUCCUGGCAAUCCCCCUGGCCUUUGCUGCGGGAAUUAUCUUUGCCACCCUCAGCUGUCUGCACAUCUGGGUUAUAAUGCCUUUUGUAAAGACCUGCCUAAUGGUUCUGCCUUCAGUGCAGACAAUAUGGAGGAGUAUGACAGAUGCUGUCAUUGCCCCAUUGUGUACAAGUGUAGGACGCAUCUUCUCUUCUGUCAGCUUGCAACUGAGCCAUGACUGAACACUUGGCCCUCAGGUCUGGAGAUUUGGAUACUGUAAUACUUCUUUGUUAUAGCACAAAAGCACUGCUGUUCUGUUCAUUCCCCAACUGUUCUAAUUAAGAAAACUAUUAAGAUGGGCAAACCACAUUUAGAAAUGUUUAUUGGCAAGUCUUUUCAAAUAAUGCUUUUCUAAUUAAUAACAAGGAUUUCAUAUCUACCUUUAUAACCAAAACUAAACAAUAGAUUGGCAACACUAAUUUUAAAGACAGAUACUUUUUGCUUUAGUACAAAUGUAUACAUUUUAUCAUGAUGAAUUUAUAAUGAUCAAGAGAUAUUUCCCUCAAAUACUACAAUGGUUUUGUCUACAACUGCACAUAGAUAUAUGGGAUUUUCUUACUCUUUUACUCUGGAAGUAAUACUUUUAAAUUACCUUUGCAGAUAAAGUGAUGCGGACACUUAGCAAUAAGAUACACAAAGAUCCUAGAAACUGCAGUAAUAAAAGCAUACAAUGGUGAUGGAGCUAUCAAAUAUAAUAAAAAAUGUGAAAUAGAUUCAUGCAAAUGUUUUCCUUUAAAUGAGGUGUUGUUAGUCUACAGUCCUAUUUAACAUUUCCAUUUUACUGUAUAUUUUGUACUUAAUGUAAAUGUUGCUCUAAUCAGAUUACUUCAAAGGACUUUUAUUAUAUUUGUGUUCUUGUUGAGGUAAUAUAUACAAAGAGUAAAUAUAUCUCCCACAAGGAACUCAUUGCUGAGAUGCACUGUCUUGAUCAUGGAAACACAUAUAUCUUCUUUGGGAACAGAAUGUAAAAGAGUAAAAUACUGGCUUUUUUUUUCUAACUUUUCCAAGCAAAAUCAUGAAAUGUUUUAUAACUAAUGUUUAUCUGGCUGUGUUCUUAAAAUAAUCUGUAUCUAAUUCUUAUUUUGUCUAGUAGAUAAUUUCUUUCUUAUACUUAGAAAUUAAACCUAUAUGCUGCAAUUCCUAAUUGGUGCUAUUUAAUAACAUUUUACAAUAAAGGCUAUUUCUGACACUUAAAUACAAUUUUGACUACAGUGAUUCAUGUAGAGACACUUCUAAGAAAAUUGUCAACUUGUUGGGUCCAUGCUACUGAACUGUUAUAUAUAAAUUAAACACUAACAGCUAUAAACUUUAAAUAUAUUGUGUAAUGUGGGUUUUGUUAAAUGGUAUAGAAUGAUUCUGAUCAUUGUGAACUGUAAAAUCCUACUUUAAUGUUAUGAGUUGCUGUCAUUUUAAAAAUCUCAUUAUUCCAAAAUUAUAGCAUAUACAAAGGAUGUCUAUAAUGUAAGUGGUUGCUAUAAUUUACACAUCUUAAAAGUGCAAAAAUACUCAAAUUUGAGAGUUACUUUAAGAACCUGAAUUAACAUACCUUUGAAUACCUUUAUAGAUGGCAAGUAUUCAUUUGAAGAUUGAUUUUAUUUUUCCAAAUUGCCAGAACUGGUGAGAUAAAGGAUGAUUAAGCUGGAAUGCUAUUGGGGACCAAAACAAAUGAACGAUUAAAUUAUGAGAUUGGUAUUUUUCUGAAAGUAGCCUCAAAAGAGACCUUUAAAACUGCCUUAGGCCAUUAUAACAACCUUAGAAAAGACCCUCACAAUCAUUACCUUAAAGUAUACCAUUCAUUUGACAGUAUAGAUUUUAUUAUGUUAGUCAAUAAUCAGGCCCAUAACUUUAUAAUUAUAUCUUGUAUUGAAAGUAUUCUUUAAAAAUAUUUGGAUAUGUUAAUUGGCCAAAGUAUUUGAUUAAUAAAAUAUCUAUUUAAAUAAA